AUGACGACUAUUGUCGAAAACCUGUCGGAAUGCUUGAACUGCAACAGACACCAGUCAAGUCGUUUACCGCCCUCGCGGAGUGUCUCCUGA